AUGGCGGACAUGGCGGAAAGUAAAUCAUCUUCAGAAGCCUACUUGCGACUUUCGACGUCAUUUCAAGAAGCUCACACCAGGGUCCUAGUAGAUCGAAUAAAGAUUCCUGAUAACAGCAAUGUGUUAGAAAUUGGAUGUGGAACCGGGGCAACUGCAGCAUAUCUGGCCCGAGAUGUGGUCAGGAAUGGAACAGUGACUGGCUGUGAUCCUGAAGAGAACAGAAUCCGCGUAGCCGCUGAGAAGUACUCUGACAUAGAAGGACUUGAGUUUAUAAAAUGCACUGGAGUUGAAGCUUUGAAGAGUAGGGAGCAGGCCUACGAUGUUAUAUACAGCAAUUAUGUACUACACUGGAUGUCUGGUGAGGAAUUUGAGGAGACGAUGAGGUUAAGUUUUGUUGCAACGAAAACAGGUGGAUUGGCAGCCCAUAAUGUUGCCGAAGAACUCCCUGACAAUCUUAUUAGGUUGGUCAAGCACGCAAAAGCCGAAAAUUUAAAAAGGCUUUAUGAAAUGGUAAAGCCAAUCAGCCUUGAAAGGCUUAUUGAUGUAUCAGUAAAAGUGGGCUUUAAGGUUGUAGACUCAGGUCGGAUACCAACAGUAACAAAAUUUGAUGAUUUGAAAGAGUAUCUACGUUUGCUGGAUGCAUCGCUGUACGGUAAAUUUGGUGUUGAAGAAGGGUACAUGAAAAACAGCCACAGUAUUGAGUUGCCAAAGGAUGAAGAUGGCAAAAUAAUUUAUGUUGUUCGUCAAGCUUUUGUUGUUUUAGAAAAACUGUGA